AUGAGGAGGGAACUUUGGAAAGGAAAGGAGAGGUGGUUAGUUCAUGAGGGAAGAGAGAAUAACAGAGAAGGAGAGGCAAAAGAAACUCAGUAUUUUACUUUAUAUGCAGACAGUGACAGCAUGAAGCUAAAAAAAUUGCAAAGGCAUAAUUGGAUGCAAGAGAAGCUGCUGUUGAUACUUGAAUCUUCUGAUGAAGAGCACAUGAAACAGUCCCCUUCUGUCAACAAUGUCUUGAAUCUCCAUCUGUCAACAAUGUGUUUGCACUUUGCAGCAGCAGAUUUUCCGGAGGAAGCACUUUCCACUCCGCGUUGGAAACACGAUGUGUUUUUGAGUUUCAGGGGUGAAGAUACCCGCAAGGGUUUUAUAUCCCAUUUACACCACGAACUGGACUACUGGCAGGCAAUUAAAACCUUCAAGGACAACCGAGAUCUUGAAAGAGGGACAAGUAUUUCUCCAGAGCUCUUGUGCGCGAUUGAAGAAUCGCAGCUUGCCAUCAUUGUUCUCUCACCAAAUUAUGCUUCUUCCACCUGGUGCCUGGAUGAGCUUACAAAAGUUGUGGAAUGCAUGGAAGCCAGGGACACAAUUUUGCCAAUCUUUUAUGGUGUGGAUCCCUCUCAAGUACGAAAUCAAACCGGGAGUUUUGCAGAAGCCUUCACUGAGCAUAAAGAAAAAUUAAUUACUAAAAAGAAGGUGGAGCAGUGGAAAGCUGAUUUAACAAAAGUGGCCAAUCUUUGUGGGUGGGAUUCAAAGAAUUUUAAGUAUCCAUGA